AUGCCGCAGCAAACCUCCGCAACUCCCGAUCUUCCAAGAUUGACCCCGACAGCACCAGACAAUCCUGACCCUGGCGUCGAUGCGCGAUCCGACCCGUGCCCGCGCGUACACGCCCAUGUUGACACCGAACAAGACACCGACUGCGGCUGCCAUGACUCGUUAGAAGGCAUGCGGCAUCCGUCAAGGCCAUCUUCAUCGUCGUGCCAUGGCGACACGCCGUACCACGACGAGCAACCGCUGUCGCUCCGCGGGGGAGGAGGCUCGGGUGGCUUCGAUGGGGCAUCAGGAAGCGCUGACAAGUUCCCCGUAGAAAGGACCCCCCGGAUUCAGGAGCUCAUGAGGGCCGAAUCGAAUCCGCCUCCGGGCGACAACAAGAAGAAGGGGAAGGCCGUGAGCAUUGCACAGGGGUCGCCCGACGUGAUAGAUCCUCAAUCUGUCAUCAAGCAGUACAAGGAACGACUAGCGCGAGACCUGGCGCGCCGGGAGGCGGCAGUUCGAAGUCCACAAUCAGACCAGGAGAGGAAGUAUUCCUCCCCGGUGCUCGAAGAGCUGUCGUUGUCACCGACCUCCGGAUCUGUAUCUAGUUCCGAACUCCUCACGGCAUCGACCGAAUCGAAUAGAACUGUUCGUGGUGGCACGACACCAGCCUUCACACCUGGUAUGGCAGCUAGGACACCCUCGUACCCGUUUCCACGCAUGGCGACGCCUAGCUACGGGCCGAUGUCCUUCCAGAGGGCUUUCAACAAUCAGCUACAGAGCGGUAUUCUGAACGCAACGGGUGGUCAAUUUGGCAAUACUGUACUCCACGAUCAGCUGCGCUCGGAUCCCUCUACGCCCGCCUCGACAAUGACUUUCCAGCCUCCUGGGGCCACGCCCAUGAUCGAGAACCUCGACUUCCCCACUCCUAAUCUCUACGAGCUGGCCUUGAUGCUGAGCGCAGAGCCAGGUCUCGAUGCGUGGUGGAAUGCCGUGGUUCAGAUAAUGAGACUACACUACAGGGCCGAAAGAGUAACGCUGUCCGUACCGGCAGACGCUACGGAUCUUGAAAACGUCCCCUGGGGUCAGAAGGCAACCUACAACUCGAUGGAAGAGGAUGAGUACAGUAUGGGUUACAUGGGAAGAAGCAGCGUGAUUCCAAGCAGCGCCGACGAACUGUCUGAGAUGGCAUUUACCAUCGAGGGCUCUCAGCCCAGCGAACGGCCUCCGCGACCAGCAAUUCCAAACCGACAUUCUUUCACAUCCUACGAAGACAAAAAGGAUAACAGGAUGGAUCAGUUCCAGGACAGCCCCAACUCAACGCCUAAGAGACCUGCGGCUAUGCCGCGUAGCAAAAGCUACUUUCCCGCAACUGAAAAACGUUUGCCAAGCUCGCCGCGUCAUGCGCUGAACAAGCAGGCGCUGGAGAAGCACGAUGCCGUGGAAGAGCAACAGCCAAUUCCAAGUUGGGAGGCUCCUCUUCCGCCAAGGGCUGAGGUUAGGGGUCGAGUUCUUCCCGUCUUGCAAGGGUUAGACCUUGAGGCAGACCCUCUCAUCGACCACAAUGGUGUCAAGCGUGUCAUUGAGCGAAGUAAGGUUAUCGCUCUGACUCGCAACUACCCUUACCUAGACCAAGGCGUUGAAGAGAAGUCAAAGAAGAAGUCAAAGAAACCUGUGAGAACAGAACCAGGUGCCAAACUCUCAUCUCUACUUGGCAAUGUCACCGGGCAGAAGCCCUCGGGUAGGGGCAUGAAGCACCUCACCGGGGAUAGGUCCAACAUAGCAGACCUCCUUUCUGUACUCGACGAUGAGGAACCCCGUCCUCCGACACCGCGAUAUGAGGAGUACGAACAAGCCCCGCCCUCUCCCUGGUCUCAGUCACCAGCUCCCUCUCCUGCUGUCCGGGCAGAUCCAUCAGAAAACCCGUUUUUCACAGAUGCCAUGGUCGAUGAGGACUCUUUUAAUCCAGGACCGAGCCCCCACGACUACACCAAUAUCCAGCCACCUGAGACCAUAGGAGUGGAUAAUUCUUGGACAGUACUGCACAUCCCCUUGAAGCAUAUUCUACUAUCGAAGUCGGCCGCAUCUUUCAAGCUGAAUUCGUCUGCUUUAGAGCAACGGACUGCUAGAGGACGUAUGGAUACCAAGUCAGGACUCAACGCAGCUGAGCGUCCCUCGUCUUCAGACUCGUAUAGAGACAGUCACCAAAGUCCGAUUGCGAUUCUGUCGAUCUUGAGCCCUAUCAUACCGUACCCUUCCAACUUACGUCACUCCCUGGAGCAUUUGGCUCCUCACUUGGCGACGUCAUUUUCCCUUUGCAGGCAUUACACCAACUUGGAAACUGAGGUCGCCGGUCUCCACCGCAAACGGCCCUCGACAGCGGGUUUCGGCGCUCUGGGUCCAGAUGGAAGACCACUUGCUGACCCCGUAUUAUUUUCUCAACUGAAUUACGCAGCAUCCAAUGACCCCUCACAUAACUCGAUUUCUGGGAGUAUCACGAGCCCUAGCGAUUAUUCAGGCCCAUCGAGGAGUAAUGCCGGUUCGCCUGGCGAUGCUGCUGGUUGGGACCCUGGUUCCUUUGGCCUAGUGGUAGAGAGGCGUACGACGGGCACAAGUCCUGGCCAGAUGGGUGGCGAUGGCUACUUCGCGUCCACGGCAAAGCCACUUGGUGGAGCUACAGACGUAGCACCGCGGACUCCUGGUCAUCGACCGACCCAGGGCCCAAAGGAAGUUGCUAACACCAUCGAGCGGGCUCACAGGCGGUCCGUUAGCGGACAGGCCUUCAGGACGGGCGUGUCCUCGGCGAAUUUCGAGGAUGCGCUGAGCUUCACGCCAGGGGAGGCUGAGCCUUCUCAUGAUGACAGACCCCCCACUUCAUCCUCCCGAAAGCGAGUCGUCGCCAAAGAAGCCAUUAUGCAAGACAAAGCACCUGAUGCAAGGUCCCACCGACCUCCUGAGGAGCCGCGCAAGAUGGUCACCAGGCCUAGUACAGCCCACCAUGAUGGCCAUAAGCAUACCAUGCUUCAUUCGUAUGGUGCCGAUUUUGCAACUACCUUUCAGUCACUACCUUCUGGGACAUAUGUGAAUCAGUCAUCAGGUCUACCGGGGCGUGACGACAAAGUCAGCAUGUUGCCUCCGUCUGACAGGCUAAAGGGCCUGAUGUUAGAUUCCCUGCCGGCUCAUGUUUUCGUUGCUCUGCCUAGUACAGGCGAAAUAGUAUGGGUUAACAGUAGAUACCUAUCCUACAGGGGUCAGACCGUCGCAGACCUCAUUGUAGAUCCCUGGGGCAGUGUGCACCCCGAGGACCGCGAGAGCUACAUCCAAAAAUGGACGCAUUCACUCCGUACGGGUGAACAGUUUGCGUACUCAGUCCGAUUGCGGCGUUUUGAUGGCGCCUACCGUUGGCACCAGGCACGUGCAAUCGCUUCGAAGGACAAGCGGGGCGUGAUUGUCCAGUUUAUUGGCUCCUAUAUGGACAUUCACGACCAGAAGAUUGCCGAGCUGGUAGCAGCUCGCCAAGAGGAGGUGGAAGCGUCCGAGGCGAAGCACCGCUUACUGGCCAACCUUAUCCCUCAGAUCAUUUUCGCUGCUACUGAAGAAGAUGGUAUAACAUUCGCCAACGAGCAGUGGCUCUCCUACACGGGGCAAAGUUUCGAAGACUCUCUCGGCGUUGGGUUCAUGGGCUUUGUUCACCCCGAUGAUCUGGCGAAGUGUAGGAUACCAUUGGACAGAUCAACGCGAAACUCCUCCGAGACGACGACGGCAAAUGUUGACUCUAAGAACGCUUCCACAACGACCUCGUCCAAAGUCGGCAGCACAUCCCUGAACACCCCGAGAGGCCCACUAUCUCGACACCCCAGUUCAAGCGGUAGCUCAAACUACGAUAUACCCACUGCAGAUCUGGGCGAAUUAGCCAAGCAAGGCAUCAUCAAAGUGGCGACUGACAGCACAGGGCGCCUCUCCUACACCACGGAACUUCGGCUGAGGUCCAAAAGCGGUGAAUAUCGUUGGCAUCUAAUCAGAUGCGUUGAGAUCAACAACAUCAAUUUUGGAACUGGCGAAAGUUCCUACUUUGGAUCCGCUACCGAUAUCAACGACCACAAAUUACUAGAAACCAAGCUUAAGGAAGCCAUGGAAUCCAAGUCGAGGUUCCUGAGUAAUAUGUCGCACGAGAUUCGGACGCCACUGAUCGGAAUAUCCGGCAUGGUCAGCUUUCUGCAGGACACAACUCUCAAUGAAGAACAAAGGGAUUACACCAAUACCAUUCAGACAAGCGCGAACAGUUUACUUAUGAUCAUCAAUGACAUCCUCGACCUCUCGAAGGUCGACGCUGGGAUGAUGAAGUUAAAUUUUGAAUGGUUCCAUACACGAUCACUCAUCGAGGAUGUCAACGAAUUGGUCUCGACAAUGGCCAUUGCCAAACGCCUGGAGCUCAACUAUGUUGUGGAGGAAGAUGUGCCUUCCUGGGUUAAAGGCGACAAGGUCCGCAUCCGCCAGGUGCUGCUCAAUGUUAUAGGCAACGCCAUUAAGUUCACUGCUCAAGGUGAAGUAUUCAGCCGUUGCAAGGUUGUUGGCGACCGAAGCAGAGGUCAAGACCAGCCAGGGAUUAUGCUAGAAUUCUCUAUUAUCGAUACUGGACGGGGGUUUACGAAGGAGGAGGCGGAUCUCAUCUUCAAACCCUUCAGCCAAAUUGAUGGAAGUAGUACUCGACAACACGGCGGUAGUGGGUUGGGUCUUGUGAUAUCGAGGCAACUAGUUGAACUUCACGGUGGGAAGAUGGACGGCACUGCCGUGCCUGGGAAGGGCUCGACAUUUACUUUCACCGCCAGAUUUGGAUUACCCACUGCAAACGAUCGUCCUAAGAUUCCUGGCACUCCAGCAACAGCUCCUCUGAGGCCAUCAUCUUCGGGAGAGACCUCGACAUCGACUCUCCGUCCGGACUUUUCGCAAAAGGUCUCCGAGUUGCCUAACCAGAGUGGCAGCCCCGCUUCAGACGUCGGCGUGAUAUCACCAACCCUAACUUCGUCAGCGAGCUCUGAUCCAUCAGUUCGCUCGGUUCGGUCACAGAAUACGGCUCGAUCUUCGGUUUCGUCUGUAAACGUUGGUCUCGUCCACUUCAGCGAAGCUGCAAAGGCAAGUGGGCAAGACCUUUCGCAGAUCAGACUUGAAAUGCCGCCUGCGGGCCUUUCAACAAGGGACAUUCCAACGCCAGGUGCUACGAAAUUUGCUGGAGAUCUCCACCAAUUCAGACCUCCAAUGUAUUCGAUCCUCAUCAUAUGUCCCCAAACUUUCAGCAGGGAGGCCACGACGAAACACAUCGAGAUAACACUGCCCAAGGAUGUUCCUCAUCAGAUUACUGCGCUGGCAACGGUUCAAGAAGCACAAAAGCUGAUAGGGGGUGAUGAAUCCGUCACUUUUACCCAUGUCGUUCUCAAUCUAGGCUCAGCCGAGGAAAUCAUUGACAUGAUCGACCAAGUCAUGUCAUCCUCGGGCCUGAAGACUUCUGUUCUCGUUCUUUCCGACUCAGUCCAGCGCCAAUCUGUCCUCAAGCUCGCCUCAGAUAGCGAACACCAAAAGCUGCUCUCUGAGAACAGAGUCACGUUCAUCUACAAGCCAGUGAAGCCUUCGCGGUUUGCUGCUGUAUUCGAUCCUGCGAAGUCUGGAGAUUUGAGUAUAGACCAAAAUCGAUCCAGCGCUGCAAUGAUGGUAGAGUCUCAAAAGCAGAACUACAUUGAUGUUGAGAAGCGAAUUGGCAAUAAGGGCUAUAAGGUCCUGCUGGUUGAGGAUAACCCAGUUAACCAGAAAGUCCUGAUCAGAUACCUGAAGAAGGUCGGCAUUGUUGCAGAGAUCGCCGCAGACGGUGUGGAGUGCACUGAGGCGGUCUUCUCGCACCCACCUGGCUUUUACUCACUUAUCCUGUGUGAUCUUCACAUGCCUCGCAAGGAUGGUUACCAAGCAUGUCGGGAAAUCCGAGAAUGGGAGGAAGCGAAUCACUACCGGCCACUGCCGAUCAUAGCCUUAUCGGCGAACGUCAUGUCAGACGUUCAGGAGAAAUGUGUACAAGCAGGUUUCAGUGACUAUGUCACCAAGCCCGUUGAUUUCAUCGACUUGAGCACUGCCAUGUCGAAAUUUUUCUGA